AUGGCGUGGGAAGCCACAUCUGGGUCUCUUCCCCAGGGUCUCUUUAUUGCACAAUUUUUGUACGUUGGAACCGUAUGCUUUGCCAAGUUCUCUAUAUUAGCCAUGUAUUGGCGGCUGUUCAAGAUAGAGCAUUAUGUGAGGGUCGCAAUCUACGUCUUGGCUGUCAUGGUGGCAUGCUGGGGACUUGGCGUGAUAAUAACAUCGUGUUUGCUGUGCAUACCUCUUAAGGGAUACUGGAACAAGACAAUCAAAGCGAAAUGUGGCGUGGAUUCUCGAAUUUACUUUAUCGGAAAUGCGAUUCCCAAUAUUGUAACCGAUGCUGCUAUUUUAUAUGUGCCUAUCCAUGUGGUUUGGGGAUUGAAUUUAAGGAUGUUACAGAAGAUCAUCCUCAGCUUCGUAUUCCUGAUGGGAGCCUUUGCCACAGCUACUUCUAUCAUCCGUCUCAUAUAUCUGAUGAGUCUUGACUUGACCUCCGGGGACGUUACGUGGACUACACGCAAGAUCCAGAUUUGGACCCCGGUUGAAAUGGACAUGGUAAUCAUCUCAGCUCUUCUGUUAUCAGACCCGCAUGCUUACUACAGCACAUACGAUCAAGCAGCUUGCUUAGCAAGCAUCAUGUAUCAAAGCUCUACUACGCAAGCGCUCGCGAUCGCCAGGAAGCCUUACUGA